UCGUCUGAUAAUGCCUUCUGUUUCCAAUUGGAUCCUUUGUGGUGAUGCCCGUUGUCGGAAACCCAAAUAAAUCUUAUUGUUUUAGAUUGCUAUCUAGCGGUGUUUGUUGUUUAUCGAUCAUAGUUUGCUGAAAGAAGGUCCAAAAUGAGAUAUUCGUGAACAAAAUGUUGUUCUUUUCUAUCUAUGUUGUUUUUUCUUCGGAAAAGAAAAGAUCUGUUACUUCAAAAAUCUAAAACAGGAUUACCAUGCUCCUCGGAGCACAAGAAGUAGCCAGAUCCGCUGGCCAGUCAUGCCAACAAACACAGGAGGAUUUAGAAACCAUAGUGCCAGCAAACCAGUUGGCACUAUGGUUUCCCUCACGAAAGACGUGACAAAAUUUGCAAGCUUGGAAACAUUGAGCUAAGCCAAAAUUUCAUUUUAAACACAUGAUCAGAUUCCAAGGAGGUUCUUCCUUUAAAUUCAGAAUUUUGAUAAGAGUCUUUGCGUCUGAUUUAACCACUAGAUUAGAGAUUCCUUCUUGUAGAGCAUGAUCCAUUCCUUCUUUGAUUACCAGUAUACCAGCUUUGAGAUGAUUGAUUCCAGGGAGAAAGGUGCAAGGUGCAUCCUGCCAGCUUACAAACUCUAAUCUCAAAACCAGCUCCUCCAUCUCCAUCCUGCACAGCAAAAGAAUCAUCAGUGUUAAGUUUAUACCAUCCUAACUCAGGCUUAGACCCAGUUACACUGAUCUGAUUUCUCACUAAACAACCUUCAGACAGAUUAAAGGGUUUACAGCAUGUAGCAUAAGAUGCAGUUCUGAUGAUAAUAGAGAUUGGGUGACUCUUGGCAACUUUAAGGGCGUCUCACUUUGGGCCAACCAGAUAAACCAAAGACAGAAGACAAUAAGUGCUAUAAGAUUCCAGCAGCUAGAAUUGGGAGCCAAUUGGCUUACAACUUUUUUGACUGGAAGAAGCAUAUUUGGACCUAUGGAGGGCACGACUGACAUUAACUACUCUAUGGAUAGUUUAGAAGUAGAUCCUCUGCAGUUCAAAGAAAAUGAUCACCUAUCAGAGCAAACCAGAAGUUACAAUUUACUUGAAUCACCUCCUCCGGCAACUAUUCCGGUGAUCAAUUGGUCUGAGCACAUUUCUCGUUUGAGGUCUACUGAGUUUAACUUGGAAUCGUUGGUCAGUCAAAGUGUUCACUGUGAUUCGGAAUCACUAUAUAGGUAUGAAUCAUCAUACAACAACCCACCUUCAAACUACCAUCGAGACAUGGUCAAAGAAUUGACCCUGAGAAACUACAAGAGCCCAAGCCUGUCUGUAGUUGGUUGCUAUCACAGUGAGGAAGAUUUCCCACAAGAGGACUCGAAAGAAAUGUUGGAUAGAACAAGAUCUUUGUUAUCUGAAAAUUCACCAACAUUCACUAAACAAGUGGAUGCUGGCAAUUCAUUUUUGCCCCAAGUCAGCAUCCAGACGCCUCCUUUAAGCAGACAAUUUGGUCAGAAUUUUUCAGAAUUAUCUGGUCUCGGUGACAAAUACAUUCUCUCAGACAAUCAUACAUUUAUAGACUAUACUGGUGCUGCACAAGAUUGCAACCCGCAAGACUCUGGAUUUGAACUGUUCUCAGUCACGAAUGCAUUGAAAGGGAAGGGAGUUGCAUCGAGAUGUCCAGAUGAUGUUAAUUUUCAAACUUAUGCUGAUCAAAAUGAUCAAUUGACAGCACAGACAGCUCCUGUUGGUUUCCAAAGAUCCUGUGUUAAAUCUUAUUGCUUGUCUCCACUUGCUACCAUCAGUGAGAGUUUAUUGGGAAUUCAUGAAGAAGGAAUUAGCUUAAGAAGUUUCCUUAAACCUCAAAGCAGCUUAAAUAAAGUGGAGAGACUGCACAUGUUCAAGCUGAUCGUGGAUCUCAUUAGUAGCUUGCAUUCUCAAGGAUUUUUUCUGAAGCAUUUAUGUCCAUCACAUUUUGUUAUGUUGCAAUCAAAACAAGUUAAAUAUGUAGGCCCACUCAUUCCCCAAGGUCAAAUGGAACUGUUAGAAGGCAAAAGAGAGCCAGAUGUGGAUCAUUUGAAUUUGAAGAACUCUUUAAAAAGGAGAUGGAACUUGGUAGAUGGAAGAGAGUUCAAUGAAACUCUAUUAACUAAGCAUCAGAAAGUGUGUGAGCAAUUCAUAUCUCCAAGCCAUACUGGUGUCUUAAAAGGAGAAGUCGGUAAAGAGUUUGACCCACAAAAUUUUCAAAUUGAAAAUUCUAUCUGUGAAGUUUCGGGCAGGCUGCAAACUGGUGGAGCAUCCAAGUCCCAUAAUUUUCCUGUAAUUUUGGAGUUAUCUUCUGGUGGCCAUUAUGCAGUGUCCGAUGUUCUGAAAUUGGAGGAGAGGUGGUAUGCUAGUCCUGAGGAGCUAAAUGAGGGUUCCUGCUCUUCUUCAUCAAAUAUCUACAGUCUUGGGGUUCUUCUUUUUGAGCUCUUCUGCCAUUUUGAAUCACAGAAAGCCCAUUGUGUUGCAAUGUCUAAUCUGCAUCAUCGAAUUCUUCCACCAAGUUUUUUAUCAGAACAUCCCAAGGAGGCUGGCAUCUGUCUCUGGAUGCUUCAUCCAGACCCUUCUUCCAGGCCAAAAAUAAGGACAAUGUUCAAGAAGCAACUUUUUUAUAAAGCUUUUUUUAAUGUGGAUGACAGUGAUAUUCUGCUAUGUGACAUAUUUCGUAAAGAUAGAGAAGCAUCAAUUAUGGAGCAAUUAUCCACAUCUGUUGAUUGCGAACUUUCAAAAGCAGAUUUGUUGUUGCAUUUUCUAUUAGCAUUAAAAGAAAAGAAAGACAAGCAGACUGCCAAGCUGAUGGAAGACCUUGGUUGCGUCAAAGCAGACCUAGAAGAAAUAAAAAGCAGGCACUUCUCAACAGAUCAUGUUCAUAAAGAUUGGUUCUUGCAGACAAAUUCUGCUGAUAUGUUAGGUGCAUACACUUGCAAAGAACCACUACAUGUGAAUUUAAGAUCUGGAUUGUCCGCAAUGAGCACAGAUGGAAUAAUCUCAAAAAUGAAGAACUUUGGUCUACUUGAAACUGCAUACUUUUCCAUGAGCUCUAAAUCUGAGCAUCCUGAUAUCAGCUCAAUAGUUCGCCAAGAUAUAGAUGUUCUAAGGCUCAAAAAUCAAUUAUGUUCAGCUAAAAAUGAUGCAAGUCCCUCGUAUAUGGAAAAGGAGCCUUCCGACCAACGAGGAUCCUUCUUUGAAGGUUUACGCAAGUAUGCUCGUUAUAAAAGAUUUGAAGUUCAUGGAAGUUUAAGAUAUACAAAUAUUCUCAACUCUGCAAAUGUCAUCUGCUCUUUGAGCUUUGACCAGAACGAAGAAUACUUUGCUGCUGCUGGAGCAUCAAAAAAAAUUAAAGUAUUUGAGUUUGGUGCUCUUAUAAAUUCUACUGUUGACAUUCAUUAUCCAGUAAUUGAGAUGCCGAGUAAAUCAAAGCACAGUUGUGUUUGUUGGAAUGGCUACAUCAGGAACUAUUUAGCCUCAACAGAUUAUGGUGGUGUGGUUCAGUUAUGGGAUGCUAGCACUGGUCAAGGAUUUCAUCGGUACUCUGAGCACCAAAAAAGGGCAUGGUCUGUUGAUUUUUCAUCAGAAGCUCCAACUAAGCUCGCAAGUGGAAGUGAUGAUUGCUCUGUGAAACUUUGGAGCAUUCAUGAAAAAAAUUGCAUCAAGACUAUCAAGAAUGUUGCCAAUGUAUGCUGUGUACAGUUCUCAUCACAUUCGUCUCAUCUACUGGGCUUUGGUUCUGCUGAUUACCGAAUUUACUGCUAUGAUCUACGUAAUACCAGGAUUCCCUGGUGUACUUUGGCUGGCCAUGGAAAGACUGUAAGCUACAUCAAAUUUCUAGAUUGUGAUACCAUUGUAUCUGCAUCUACUGAUAAUACCUUAAAGCUUUGGGAUCUCAAGAAGACAACUGCAUCUGGUUUGUCCACAAACGCCUGUAGCUUGACCAUGACUGGUCAUACUAAUGAGAAGAACUUUGUAGGCUUAUCUGUUUGUGAUGGGUACGUUUUAUGUGGUUCCGAAACUAAUGAAGUGUAUGCAUAUCAGAAAACUUUUCCAAUGCCAAUAACAUCACACAAGUUUGGGUAUAUUGACCCUAUUACUGGCCAUGAAAUUGCUGAUGAUAACGGACAGUUUGUUUCGAGUGUCUGCUGGAAAAGAACAUCAAACAUGGCUCUUGCUGCAAAUUCCAGUGGCUGCAUAAAGUUGUUGCAAAUGGUCUAGAAUAAGAGAAACUCGGAGAAAGCAAGAUCACUUCAUUGUUUCUUCAAAAUUCAGUAGCAGAUGCUGAUUUGAAAUCCCUGGAUCAGCCAAAAUUGCUGCAAAUCUUGGUGUUAACCUUGCUUCAAGCAGCCUCUACCUUGUGACCAAUCAAAAUCGGGCAUUGACAUAAUGAGGUUAUCAGUAUAUGUGAAUGUUGCAGUUCUCACCGUGUCUCAAUAGCUUUUUGAGCUUAUAGAAGCCGGAAUGUCUUACUCAGAAAUUGUCGGUUUUGUGUCAUCUUUUUUACAUCAGCAAGCUGGUCUAUUAACUUAAACUGAGCCCCUACUCCAUCUUUUAGGAGCAGCUAGCUAGCUUCCCCAACUACAAAGAUAUGCUACGAAUUGGUGUGCUCUGAGCUAAACAAAGUACUGUUGGACAGUGCAAUUACGGAAGCAAGCAGACAAAGUAAAAGGCCAUUUGCUUGGCUUUUCCCUUGUGGCUCUACCCCUGUUUAAAAGGAAGUGUUCCUAAGUAACAGGACUUCAAUCAUCAAAGUUUUUGUCAAUCAAGAACAAGUACAUGAAAGCUCAGUUGGUUUGUUUCUGGUGAAUGUAAAGCUUUUGACAUCUGGAUGGUGAGGCAGAUGCAAGAUCUGCAGUUUUACAGGUUGUGUGUAUAUUCAGCAAUGAAAACAACAUGAAUUUUCAUCGAAAUCAAUUGGAGAAAAUUU